GCAGGCAAAAGCCACGUAGUUGGGAAACGACCAAACAGCCUUUCAUCACAAUGGUAGAUAAGAGGCAAAAAUGGAAACUCCCCAUUUUCAGUAUGUGAAAGAAAAAGUGCUUUGCCCAUAUACGCCACUAUAACUACCACUCUCCAUUGAGCACAAUUCCAGUGCUUGCGUACUCCUCUAAUCCAUUUCUCCGCAGAACCGAGGUGACUGGAGAAUUGGAGUUAUUGCUCUGGGGUAUACCGUUUAUGUGCUUCUAGUGUCUUUGGAGUUGGAAUUGGGUUGAUAUUCAGGCCUGACACUGAGGAAAUAGACCAUUCUAGAAGCCUACAAGUGAUUUCUGGUCGUAAUUUGGUGGAGGGAUUAAUGGUUGUCUUCUUCUGUUUCUGAGCUUGUGUAUUGAAAGGAUUGGAGCUAAGAUUUAGUUGUGGGAAGUGGGAUUUUGGUGAAAUGUCACUAUGUGGGUCUGUCUCUGCUCUGAACUUGAGGUGGGAAAAAGGUAAUUCAAAAGCAACCUCGAGAUGCUUUUCUCCAUUAAGUUGUAAGAAAAGCAAUGCUUUAGCGUUUUGGGGUAGUGAGAUUGUGGGCGAUGGCUUGAAAGCAUCUGGCAGACAUGUUAGUAGGAAACUAUCUAAGGGAAACCUACCACUAAAGGUAGUUUGCGUGGAUUACCCUAGACCAUGGAUAGAUGAUACUGUUAAUUUCAUUGAAGCAGCUUCCUUAUCUGCUAGUUUUCGCGCUUCUGCACGUCCCAGUAAACCAUUGAAAAUAGUGAUUGCUGGUGCAGGAUUGGCUGGUUUAUCGGCAGCAAAAUAUUUAGCAGAUGCUGGCCACAAACCUGUUUUACUAGAAGCUCGAGAUGUUUUAGGUGGAAAGGUGGCUGCUUGGAAAGAUGAUGAUGGAGACUGGUAUGAGACUGGUUUGCAUAUAUUUUUUGGGGCUUAUCCCAAUGUGCAGAACUUGUUUGGAGAACUUGGAAUCAAUGACCGAUUGCAGUGGAAGGAACAUUCAAUGAUAUUUGCUAUGCCAAAUAAGCCAGGGGAGUUCAGUCGAUUUGAUUUCCCUGAAGAACUUCCUGCACCCAUAAAUGGGAUAUGGGCUAUUUUAAGGAACAACGAGAUGCUUACUUGGCCAGAGAAAAUUAAAUUUGCAAUUGGGCUCCUGCCGGCAAUGCUUGGUGGGCAAUCUUAUGUUGAGGCUCAAGAUAAUUUAACUGUGCAAGAGUGGAUGAGAAGUCGGGGAGUACCUGAUCGUGUAACAACAGAGGUGUUUAUUGCUAUGUCAAAGGCUCUGAACUUCAUUAACCCCGAUGAACUUUCUAUGCAAUGCAUUUUGAUUGCCUUGAAUCGAUUUCUUCAGGAGAAGCAUGGCUCUAAGAUGGCUUUCUUAGAUGGAAAUCCACCAGAGAGACUUUGUGAGCCAAUUGUCGAGCAUAUUCAGUCAUUGGGUGGUGAAGUACGACUUAAUUCAAGGAUACAAAAAAUUGAGUUAAACAAUGAUGGAACAGUGAAAAGGUUCUUGUUAAAUGAUGGGAAUGUAAUUGAAGGAGAUGCUUAUGUAUUUGCUACUCCUGUUGAUAUCCUGAAGCUUCUUCUGCCUAACGACUGGAAAGCGAUCCCAUACUUCAAAAAGCUGGAAAAAUUAGUUGGAGUUCCAGUUAUCAAUGUCCACAUAUGGUUUGACAGGAAAUUGAAGAAUACAUAUGAUCACUUACUUUUUAGCAGGAGUCCGCUUCUUAGUGUUUAUGCUGACAUGUCAGUUACAUGUAAGGAAUAUUACAACCCAAACCAAUCCAUGUUGGAACUAGUUUUUGCACCUGCAGAAGAGUGGAUUUCCCGGAGUGACUCGGAAAUUAUUGAUGCCACAAUGAUGGAACUAGCUAAACUAUUUCCUGAUGAAAUUUCUGCUGAUCAGAGCAAAGCUAAGAUUGUGAAGUACCACGUUGUUAAAACCCCAAGGUCUGUUUACAAGACUGUGCCCGACUGUGAACCCUGUCGUCCCUUACAACGAUCUCCUGUUGAGGGAUUUUAUUUAGCUGGUGACUACACGAAACAAAAGUAUUUAGCUUCUAUGGAAGGUGCUGUUCUUUCGGGAAAGCUUUGUGCACAGGCUAUUGUGAAGGACUAUGAAGUGCUAGUUGCUCGAGAGCAAAGACGGGUCGCUGAGGCUGGCGUUCGUUGACAAGAACUUUUAAGGUAAUUUUGGAAGAAAAGGAUUAAAAAAUACAUAUUUAUACUGCCCACAUACAUCAACCAUGGAGACGCGCUGCUCCAAUGAUACAAAUUGUAAUGUCAUAUGUUUGAUUCCACAGUUAUGUAAUUUUAAACAGUGUAAUUUGAUAUGACAUUGAUUGACGAGUUAACAUAAUAUCUGUUUUGUUUACAUGUUUAACCAUUUGUAGAUUGUUGUGAAAA